CUUUGACUGGUAAAGACCUUUUCUCAAGAAUUAAAUACUUAGUUGACAGGGUAGAUAUACCUGCACCUGUCAAACAGGUUGCACAACUUCAACACGCGCAUAUUCCGUGUAGAACUUAACAAAACAGAUUCAUAGUUUCCUCUUAUAUGCAUUGGAAGUAAAGACAGAGCGUUGAGGAAUGGCAAAGCAGUAUUUUGAAGCCCGUGAUCCUCUCAACUGUUCGAUCUGCUUGGACCAACUUCAGGAUCCAGUAACAAUUCCUUGUGGACACAACUACUGCAUGGACUGCAUUAAAGACUACUGGGAUAAACACGGCAGUAAAGAGACUGGUUAUGGUUGCCCUCAGUGCAGAAAGACCUUUACACCUAAACCAAUUCUCAACAGCAACACUAUGUUUGCGGAGGUGAUGGAGAUGUUUAAAAAGACAGGCCUUCGGGAUUCUUCACCUGCGCAUUUUGAUCGUCCUGGACCCACGGAGGGUAAAAUCUGUAAUGCACAAGAACUUAACAUUGUGAGAGGCUGUCUGCAAUGUGAGGAUUUGCACUUCAAGACCCACCCGAGCCAUCAUUAUGAUGAACACAACAGAGGAAAGCACACAGUAAUUGUUUUUAGUGCGGGACCUCAAAGCAACGCAUGCUCUCUGCACAACAGGCUGUUGGGGGCUUACUGUGGAACAAACCCACAAUUCGUCUGUGCGCAGUGUCUUCAAGAUGCCCACAAAGGACAUGAAGCAUUUAUAAUGGUGCCCAAGAAGAAAGACAAAAAUCAAGAACACACGGCACCUCUAACAAAAAAUGGGCAUAGGAGGAAAUGUAAAACAAGUGGACAUGGCAAAAGAAAGUCUAAUAAGAGCACUUGGCAUAGACAUAGGCACAAUAGUGGCUCACAUGCUAAAAGUGGACAACAAAUUAGCAGUGGACACAGGGUUCACUUUGCACUUGGGCAAAGUCAUGGUGCUGGACACAGGAAGAGUAGAGAUGAGAGUCAUGGACAUUUGAACACGGGUCAUGGUCAUAACAAGAAUUGGCACUAGAAGAACAACUGGAGACACCCAGCUAGCAAUAGCUGUCAUUUUUACCAUUAUAUCUAGAUACAUUUCGGCUACAAGUAAUCUAUUUCAAAAUAAAUUUGAAUUUGGUUACAUUUUGUUUUUGCCAAACUAACUUGAGAGAUGUAUGAUAUAUUCAAUCAUGUAAGUAAAGUCAACUGUGAUUCCAAGGUGUUUCAUUUAUUUUUGAGCUAUGGUUAGACAUCGAAUACAUUUUCACAGACAGCCCAAAUUUUGCCUUGUUUUAGUCUAGACUAGUAUGGGCUUGGAUGGCUAUUAGACAUCUUUUAAAUGCAAAAUUGCUUGCUGGGACUUUUGUAAUAUGUCAGGAGAAAUCACAUGACUUUAAGCAUAAUGUUUCAUAUAGAAGCAUUAUUACUAAAGUUGGAAUGUUGCCUCUGCCAGAUUCAGGUGUCAAAUGUCAAUUUUAAGUACACCUUUAUAGUAGUCCAUUUCUUCUCAACCAGAUGUGUGUGUUCUCUGCUUGAAAUAAAGUGUUAAUUAAUUUUCCAUUUGUGUUUUGAAAAAGCAAAAUUCCUAUGUAUGCUUUCACGGUCACUAUUGUUGGAGGCAUUUUGAAUCUUAUGUGCAUACUUGUAAUUAUCACAAGUAUAUAAGUAAAUAAGUUAACUUACACGUAUUGAAUUUCUUGCAUUUUUAUUACUUCAGAGGAGAGUUACAAAUACAAGUUUGGAUUUUUCUUAAUAUUCAUAUUACAUUACCACAUUCUGUAUUUGUUUCUUACAACAAUCCUUUUUUAUUUAAUAAAAUAUGAAAACCAAACUAAUCUGAGAACACAAUGCUCUAUAAUUAAUAAAAUAAUGUAGAAAAUUGAUGCUUUUUUUUAGGGCUGUCCAAAGAUUAAUCGCAAUUAAUCACAUACAAAAUAAAAGUUUGUGUUUGCAUAAUAUGUAUGUGGGUGUAUUAUGUAUAUAUAAAUACAUACACACAUACAUGUAUGAAUUUAAGAAAAAUUAUAUUUAGGUAUAUUUUUAUUUA